GCUGGGACCCGGGCUGUCCGCCAGGGCUGGGAGACACUGGAGGAGGCCGGCCGAUGGUUACGCGCGAUGCCAACGACGACUGCCCCACGGUGGACCGCGGCUGCCCGUUCGCGGAGGAACGGGAGAGGCGGCUGGGUGCGGGCUGCGCGGUCCGUGAGCCAGGACGGAGUCCCAGGCUGUACAGUGAUGGGCGGAGAGACUCGCAGUCCUGAGAACGCAGUGGACUUCACUGGAAGAUGCUAUUUCACCAAAAUCUGCAAAUGUAAACUGAAGGACAUCGCAUGUUUGAAAUGUGGGAACAUUGUAGGUUAUCAUGUGAUUGUUCCAUGUAGUUCCUGUCUUCUUUCCUGCAACAACGGACACUUCUGGAUGUUUCACAGCCAGGCAGUUUAUGAUAUUAACAGACUAGACUCCACAGGUGUAAACGUCCUACUUUGGGGCAACUUGCCAGAGAUAGAAGAGAGUACAGAUGAAGAUGUGUUAAAUAUCUCAGCAGAGGAGUGUAUUAGAUAAAUGGAAUUAUGAUAUAUAUGAUAUACAAACUUUUUUCUAUUUAAAAAUAUAUUAACGGAUCAACUUUGUUAGUUUGCCAGUGAUCUUUUUUGGAAAACAAAAAUGGGGCAUCUGUUGAUUUAUUUAUUUUCCGUCUCUAAUUAAUUACCUCAGUUUGAUUGAAGCCAGUGGAGUUGUGCUUUUCCUCUACUUCUACUUCCUCUCCCCCACCUUCUUCUGCCCAGUGUAGGUGUAUUCUUAAAUUCAGACAGGAGAAGAUUCUUUCACAUAUCGCUCAGUUACCUCCCAAUCUGGGGGAGUUUUUCUUACAACUUGAUACCAGAUACCAUUAAUUUUACAUUCCUGAAUAAAGGCCUAGUACCCACGCAUAUUUCCACCAUGCAUAUAUCAAGCUCAACCGAGUUUUAAUAGGGGAUUAAAAAAACAAGCUGUUAGGUUUCCAUGGGCACUGGUUCUCAUAGGUUCUAUUGGUGAUAACUGCUUUAAUAUGGAGCAAGAGUUUGUGAAUCAGGAAAUAGAAUAAAUUAAAAUUUAAAAUAUAUGGAGGAAUCCUCUUGAUUGCUCAGUAUGAUGUUAGAUAAAUGAGUUUGUCAGAAAAUAUCAGUAUACACUGUUUACCAAUGUUAUUUAUUUACAUUCUUCUAAAGCCAUUACGGAUAUUGUAUUAUGAGAGCUAAACCUAAAUAAGUUAUCCUGUUCCCUAGGACUUUCUCUGUAAAUAGCGAAUUUUAGACGAGUAGUCUGUCCUAAAUCUUAAAUAGAAAAAAAACUAAAGAAGCGAUUGCUUAAGCCAUUGUACAUUAUAAAGAGCUGUUUUGUUUUGUUUUGCUUUGCUUUGCUUUGUUUUGUUUUUUUAAAGCUGCGCUCAGAGCCACAAAGGAAUAGGAAAGUAGGAUAGUGUUGGAUUCUGGUUUUAUGUAAAGCUAAAAUAAAUGUAUCUCUUUAAUAUCUCAGUUGUAGGGAUUUUGUCAAUACCAAAGCAGACUGAGUUGUGGUUUUGUAAAUAAAGUUUUUUCUAAAAAUGA